AAGAAGAAGAAGAAGAAGAGGGCUUCCUGUGAGACGCCCCGAGUGCUCGUCUUCACGCCUCGUGUCUGUGCUGCGCUCCACAGGCGACUAGAGAAAGGCGUGGACCACCUGACCAACGCCAUCGCCGUGUGCGGUCAGCCGCAGCAGCUGCUGCAGGUGCUGCAGCAGACUCUGCCUCCGCCCGUCUUCCAGAUGCUGCUCACCAAGCUGCCCAGCAUCAGCCAGCGGAUCGUGAGCGCCCAGAGUCUGAGCGAGGACGACAUGAGGACCAGGAGGAGACCGCCCCCGAGCCCUCCUCCUCCUCCUCUUCCUCACGUGGACCCUCCGUGACGACCUCGCCAACGCCUCGGCCUCCACCACGCCGGAAGUGGAAUUUAGUUUUUUUUAUUCCUGGUUCAUCCAUGACAGUCGUGUGUGUUUGUCUUUUAACUUAAAUGACCCGUUUUGGGGUAUGAAGAGUAUCUGGAUCAUAACAGCCCCCCCCCCCGUCCCGACAGCAUCGUGUACCAGGGUUACUCCGUCCUCGCGGUUCCUUUAUCAGUCGUGGAACGUUCCAGAAACGGGAAUCUUCUCUCCGCUCCACAAAGUAUUUAUUGUUUCAAUUAGUUUGUUAUCGGUCUUC